AUGGAGACCUGGUUUUGGAUUCUUGGCUGGGUUCUUUCAUUUCUAACCAUCACUGGAAAUGGAUUCACAAUGUUCCUCGUUUGCAGCAGACGAAAUCUCCGCACCAAAACCAACGCAUUUAUUGUUUCACUUGCCGUGGCGGAUUUCUGUGUUGGUUUGAGUGUUAUUCCUUCAAUGUUCUUCUGCACCGACAUUAUUACAAACACCUGCCACAGGUCUCAAUUGUGGAUCAUGAACAUACGGUUGCUGUUUAGUAACACGUCUGCUGUAAACUUGUGCGGCUUAGUACUGGAUCGUUUUAUUGCCAUCGUCCAUCCUCUAAAAUACAUCACUUUGAUGACUUGCCCUCGAAUUAUUCAAGUUAUUUCCUUCUCUUGGGUUCUACCAGUUAGUUUUAAUGUGCUAAAAGUUACCCUUUAUACGUUUCAUUUCAAAACAUUACCUGUCCCUUUUAUUUGGCCGAGUAUUAUUUUCUUCGAGUUCCUACCAACUGCUGUAUUAAUGCUCUUCUUUGUAUCAAUGAUAUUUCACGUACACAGGCAUGGUCGGUCAGCACGCAUCGUAGCAGGGCAGUUACGUUUUAACCAUCAGAUGUCGUUUAAAAUCCAUCACAAGAGGUCUGCAGUGAUAAUGAUGGGUCUUGUGAUAGGAGUGUUUAUUGUUUGCUAUGGGAUGUAUCUGCGUUGCAGUUUUACAAUACUAUUCCACACCACCUCAUGUAAUGAUGAAAACUACAAAAUUCCUUUCUUGGUUGUAAAAGCAGCCAUUAACCCUCUGGUUUAUGCCUUUUUCAAAAGAGACAUAAAGAAAGAGUUUAAAAGACUUGUUGGAGCUGUCUUUUAA